CGCAGCCGCAUCAGCGGGCCGCGGCCGCGAGAGAAUUCCAUACCGUGAACGCGACUCGCUUGUUUCGAUGCCGUCAGCGCGUUGUUGGAACACUCUGUGGCUCGAUUGUAAAUUGUACUAAUUGGGCAUGGCGGUCUCCGCUGACAAAACAGUGGAUCCAUCAAUUCCCUUCCCAGUGCCCAUGUUAUACAACGUCCGCAUAAUCGACUAGUGAACUACCUGUGUUCGAUUUAACGCGAACACGACGCAUAUGAAACUAUUCGCUAGUAUUGGUUGCAUUAUGCAUAUUGCGAGUGUGUGUGUGAAGUGUUCAUAAAUAGUCAGUGCUAGAGGGGUUCAGCGUGAUGAUCUGUGUUGUAAUAAACAUUUUCCUGGAUUAUGUUACAAGAUAAAGGUAUAAAGCGAUCAUUAGUAAAUAUAUUUGGAUAUGGAUCCAAUUCUAGAAAAUGAAUCUGCGACGACCGAAUCACCGACUAAACAUGGCAAGGCAAAACACAAAAAUAAAAAGAAAAAACAAUCGGAAGCGCAAAAUCAAACAGUUGUUGGUGAGCGAAAGAAAUUUGUUGUUACCACACUAUCCAAUACUGAAGAUAAAGUUCCUUCUAGAGUAGCAGAUAGCAAUGUACAUACGGUUCACUUCGGAACGCGCGGCGUCGAGUCACAAAGGCCUCAUGUGAGGUCGAUCUUUAAAGAUAGAAAUGCUGACACAGCCAGAGCGUCAAGUGCGGAGCGCCAGUCUGCGCCCGAGAAGGGGUACGAAACAUUUCAUGGAACGUCGUCUAGUCCACGGAGCUCUAUUUUUGAUAUAUUCCGUUUAAGAAGAAAAAGUGAUGCUAAGAAAUAUGCACCUAAACAGACUAAAACGACGGAGAGCCAAGAGGCGCCUGAAAGUCACGACGAUCAGCAAUUUGCUGACAACAAAGAUUCUCAUAAGAAAUAUUACCAUACGGUAACUGGAGCAUCGUCUCGAAAGUACAGUCCCAUCACUAGGGUAAUGGAUAUUUUCCGAAGCAAGCCUCAUACUGAAAGCAAUCAAUCUACAGCCGAUCCAGUGAAGAAGAAGAGUGCUAAACAAAUCCGUCGUUCUUCUAUUGAGACGACUUCACCUACUUAUCAUAAAAACUCAUACGCUUCAUUAGAUCCGACGCAAGCAAAGCAAAUGUUUAGAGAAGUUCGGGGUCUUCCUAAAUAUGAUCCUUAUUUAUCAAUUGUUCAAAUAUCUAUAGGGGGUAGGGAUAAAACAAGGCUUCUACUUAAUUUCUUUAAAUAUCAUAAGUGUUACGAAAUCUUACCAAAGUCAGCAAAAGUUAUUAUAUUUGAUACGCAAUUUUUGGUCCGUAAAACUUUUCCUACUCUAAUAUCUCACGGUAUUCGUUCUGCACCGCUUUGGGAUGCUAAUAAAAAGCUUCUCGUAGGCAUGAUAACAGUAACAGAUUUCAUAAGGAUUCUUCUUUACCUUGAUAAAGAAAAUUUAUCAGUUGAAGAUUUAGAACGGCACACACUUCACACUUGGAGGAAGUUGUUACGAUCAACACGCAAGCCUCUGUGUAGCGCUGGGCCGGAUCAGUCGCUACAUGAUGCCAUUAAUUUACUUCAUAAGAACCGCGUCCAUCGUCUGUUAAUUAUAGAUCCCUUCACUGGGGAUGUUCUUUAUAUUUUGUCACACAAAAGGAUAUUGAGAUUCUUGUUUGUGUAUCUCAAUGAAUUUCCUGAAUUAACUUUCUUUCACAAGACAUUAACCGAGUUAAAAAUCGGUACUUUCGAAAAUAUCGUAUCUGUAACUGAUGAAACGACUAUCAAAACUGCUUUUCAGCUGUUGUUAGAGAAAGAUGUUUCAGCUUUGCCAAUUCUUGAUGACGCUGGUACGCUUAUUGAUGUUUAUGCUAAAUAUGAAGUGUUAAAUCUAGUGAGUGAAAAAUUAUAUUCGAAUUUGUCGUUGACGAUAAGUGAAGUAAGAAAUAAAAAGAAAGACUGGGAAGAAAAGUUACAGAAAUGUCGUUCAAGUAUUACUUUAUAUGAGGCCUUAGAAGUUAUAGUUAGAACUGAGAGUCAUCGAUUAUUGUUAGUAAAUAAAGAAGAUAAACUAGUAGGAAUUGUUUCACUAUCAGACAUUUUAGUAUAUUUAAAUAGAAUAAUUCCGACAGAAAAGAAAGUUUCUUCACUACAAGAAAUAUUUAGACCACUUGAGGAGAACAAAGUGGCGGAGUCACCCAAAGAAACUGAAAACGAGAUUAUAACGAUCGAAGUUCCGACGCUAGCACAAAUUGUACCUGAAGUUGAGGAGGGGGCUGCUGAAACUAAUGAGUCCAAAGCAACAGAGGAGACGACCACCGAAGCUGAAGUUAAAGAGGACAAUGUUAAUCCAGACGCUGAUACAAAUAUUAAUUCUGCAAGUAGUAACACUAACACUGACGAACCGCACUUAGACCUUGCCACAGACCCGACUAUGACUACAAUCGAAGAGUCGAGCGCUAACGAAUAAGUAGUACAUUUUUAUUCCAAAGAAAUUGUGAUAGGUGAAAACGCCGAAUCGGUAUAUUAAUCUCAGCUUUUGCUUGUAUUGAUAUUGUAAUUUAACUUCAUACUCAUUACUAGUUGCAUCAAAUACCACGUGAUUGCCUUAUUAUUUAAUUCAUUAAAACAUUGCUAAACUUAAUAAAUUAUUUUAGCAGUAA